AUCUCCACACACAACACAAACACUACCUACUCAGUGUCCUACACUUUUUGGUUUCUAUGCCUUUUCCAGGUUGUAGGAGUUUAAAAAAACACAUUUCAAAACACAGGAAAAAUAAUUUGAAGAAAAAGAGAAUGGAGUUUUGGAGAGAAUAUGUUGUGAAGAACAAUGUGGGCAGAGAGUUUGUAGCGGGUGGAUUUGGUGGCACGGCCGGUAUCAUCACGAGUUAUCCAUUCGAUACUCUUCGUGUCAUGCAACAACAGUCCGGCAACGCCUCUGCCAUCGGCAUCCUCAAAAAUUUGUUGGCUAAGGAUGGACCAACUGCUCUCUACCGUGGCAUGGCGGUUCCUUUGGCCUCAGUUGGUUUUCAAAAUGCUAUGAUUUUUCAAAGUUAUACAAUUUUCACAAGGAUUUGUAGCCCUUCAAAUUCUUCCAAUGGACCUCCUUCCCUCACAAAUGUUGCUUUAGGAGGACUUGGUGCCGGUGCUCUCCAAAGUAUUUUAAUAUGCCCUGUUGAGCUUGUUAAAAUCCGCAUGCAACUGCAGAAAAAUAUAGACUAUUUUUCGAAAAACAAAAGGAUCACUCCAAUGAAUCUGGCUAAGAGCAUUUGGAAAAAUGAGGGCAUCCGCGGCAUUUAUCGAGGAUUUGGCAUCACCGUUCUUAGAGAUGCACCUGCACAUGCCUUCUACUUUGGGACAUAUGAGUACUUGAGGGAGAAACUUCACCCUGGUUGUAGAGAAAAUUGUCAAGAAAGUGUGAGUACUAUGUUUAUAGCUGGAGGAUUAGCUGGAAUUUCAAGUUGGAUUUUCAACUACCCUACAGAUGUUAUAAAGACAAGAUUGCAAGCUCAAACAUCUUCUUCAAUGAAAUACAAAGGUAUCUUAGAUUGUACCUUAAAGAUAAUUAAAGAAGAAGGUUCUAUUGUGCUAUGGAGGGGUUUAGGAGCUACAAUUGCUAGAGCCUUUGUUAUGAGUAGUGCAAUAUUUCCAGUUUAUCAAAUUGCUCUAAGGUGUUUCACCAACAACUAAAACAUUCAUCAAUGUUCAAGUGUUGAUGUUUUACUCGCUCAAUCAAUAUUUGAGGAGAAAAUAACAAGACAAUGCAAUAAAAUAUCAUUUAGAUGAGGGAGUGUGUAGUGCUUUUGUGGUGGAGUUGUAGGGUUCUUGAAGGUUUAUGUUAUAAAAGGAGAUUGGAAUUUACACAUGUUAAAUUUAAUAUAGGUUCUAUAACUGUGGUCCAAUUAAUCAAGAUCGUAAGGUUGAAUAGCCCUAUUGGGCUGCCGUUGGUGAAGCAAAUUAGGCGGUUGUUGGAGUUGAAUUGGGAUGUAUGCCUAUAAGGAUGUGGAUUCGACGCAGUCAGAAAAUGGUGCAUUCAUGCAUUCGGUUUAUUAUGCACCCUUUGAUUGAAAUCAAAUGAUCUAGAUGUAUUGUUAUUAAAUAUACCAAAAUGUAUGGAUUAGAUCUAAUGACUGAGAUUCACCUACAGUCACUCUUUGACUGCAAGGAAUCCGUAUCCAUGCUUAUAAAGAGUCAAACAAAUGUGUGAAUGCUCUAGAGAGUAUUAGGUGUACUUUGAAUCGUGAAAUUAGAAAUUUAUUGUUAGCUGAUGAAUUAUAUAUGAAUUAGAGAUAACUAUCUCUAAGAUGAUCGUUGUGUAAUUUUUUUCUUUUUGGCCUCAUUCUUAUAAAAUAAAAUAUCAUUAAGACAAAAA